CAAUUUUUUGGGAUCGUAAGGAGUGCUUGUGGGUGUAAUGAACAUCCAGAUCCUAUCAUAUUUGGACAAGUAUUCAGAUUACUCUGCUCCUAUUCUUUAGUUACGCCACCAAAAGGAUCAAAUGUAACUGCCGUUGAACUUUUGCAAUCAUUGAUGGAGACAAAAGAAUCACUGAUGCUAAGUCAAGAUAAAAAAUCAAAGUGGCUACAGAGAUUAGAUUCUAUAAUUGACAAUGGAUUCAUUGAAGAAGACGAUAUUUACCGAAAAAAAAGCGUCGCAGUGAGUCAUUUUGAGAAUUUAGUUGAUACGAGUGAAGAUGACACUGACGUCACGUCUGCCACCAAUGAUUCAUCAAAGUCAAGGACUACGAAUUUUCUUGAAAAAAGGAGUGUAGCUAAAAGACCUUUUGAGAGUUUAGUUGACUCUAGUGAAGAUGAAAACAAUAAUGUUAAUUUGGAUUCUGCUAUUACUGAUGGGUUACAAGCUAAUGAUCCUCAUGAACAUCAUGACUAUGAUGUUGUUAGUACAAGCGAGUUUGUUGUGUCGUAUAUUGCUGGUUACGUUGCCAGAAAAAUGCAGCGAUUUUCUCGGUGUCAUCUUUGCUUGGCGAGUCUAGAGUCUGAUAAAUCUUCUCAUAGAGAUCGAGUCAUUGAUCUAAUGAGUGAACAAUGUAUACGUCCAAGUAAUAAUCUAUAUUCUUUGAUCCAGCAGUUGGAAAAUAUUGUAUUGACUGUUGUUGGGACAAAGACAGUUAGGUUUGAUACGAUGAAUCAUAUUUUAGAUAAAGUCGCAGAAGAAAAAUCACUACCUUUUGUUGGUUGCCAAGAACAUCAAUUCACGUUGAUGAAAAAAAUAUUAAAUUACUUUAUAACUAUUAGAGGUCAUUUCUUAGCUAAUCAUAUCAAUAAGAAUUAUAAGCAAAAAAGUAUUAAAAAUAAAAAAUUACGUAAAAUUUCAAAAUUAGUGUAA